AUGGACGGUACGGGGCUGAGCUGGCUGCUGGACGGCGCCCAGCGCCCGGCCCCGCAGCCCGGGCUGGGCAAGGGCGCCUGCCUGCAGCUGGCGGCCGCCGGCAACCUCAGCCUCAUCCUGCAGCACUACAACUUCACGGGCAAGCUGGCCAAGCGGCGGCCGCGCGACGAGGGCCUGGGCGCCACGCGCGCGGCCUUCGUCGUCUUCAGCUGCGUCAUCAUCCUGGAGAACCUGCUGGUGCUGCUGGCGCUGCUGCGGCGCCUGCGCGCCCGCCGCUGGGUCUACUCCUGCAUCGCCAGCAUCACCGUGAGCGACCUGCUGGCYGGCGUCGCCUACCUGGGCAACCUCUGCCUCUCGGGCAGGAAGACCUUCGAGCUGUCGCCCCCGCUGUGGUUCCUGCGCGAGGGCGUCCUCUUCGUGGCGCUGGCCGCCUCCACCUUCAGCCUGCUGGUGACGGCCAUCGAGCGCUACAGUGCCAUGGUGAGGCCCAUCGCGGAGAGCGAGGCCAGCAAGACGCGGCGCCUGCGCGGCCUCAUCGUGUCCUGCUGGCUGCUGGCRCUGCUGCUGGGGCUGCUGCCGCUGCUGGGCUGGAACUGCCUGUGCGACUUCGGCGCCUGCUCCCUCCUCCUGCCGCUCUACUCCAAGAGCUACAUCCUCUUCUCCGUGGUCCUGCUCAGCAUCAUCCUGCUGGGCAUCGUCGGCCUCUACAUCUCCAUCUACCAGCUGGUGCAGGCCAGCUCCAGGCAGAGCAGCUCUCGGCACGGCCGCAGGCGCUCGCUGCGCCUGCUCAAGACGGUGCUCAUGAUCCUGGGCGCCUUCAUCGUGUGCUGGAGCCCGCUCUUCGCCCUGCUGCUCGUGGACGCCUCCUGCGAGCCGCGGGCCUGCGGGCACCUGCACAGCCUGGACUGGACGCUGGCGCUGGCCAUGGUCAACUCGGCCGUCAACCCCGUCAUCUACUCGCUGCGGAGCGCGGAGGUGCGGCGGGCGCUGCGGGACCUGCUGUGCGGCGGGCGCGCCGCCGGCGCCGCCGCCUCGUCCAGCGAGAGCUCGGUGCGCGCGCGCGGCAGCCCGCGCGGCCCCGCGGCGCCCCGGCCCCGYGCGCCGCUCUCCAGCAACUCCAGCGUCAUGAGCGACCUGAGCAACCUGCCCAGCCUCUGA